AUGGAACCACAUCCUUUGAUACCAACAGCUACUACUUUAACAGUCUUAUCCGCUUCAACCAUUGACAUUUCCUUCGAACCCACUACAGUCUAUUAUUCCAUUGCACCAAUUUCAUAUACUGUUGUAAGCAGUAGUAUUCCAUAUCGGGAUAUUACUGUAAGCGAGGACAAUGUAUCGAGCGAACAGGUUUCUCCCUUUUCGACUGAUACAUACUCGAGUACAAGUAAUCCAUCCAGCAGUGCCAAAGAACUUUCCGAUGAUGAUCCAUGGAAUAUCUGCAAUGAAUCAACAACGGAAAUGUUACAGUUGAAGCAUUCAUUUAAUAUGAGUAGCUAUUCAGACACGAAUUUUGUUACAGCACAGCAGUUGCUACUAACCCCUAAUCUGCAAGUUACCACUGCGGCACAACGGUUGUCAUUAUGUUCUAUCCAGCAUUGGAAUGUAAUGCCACAGCAGCUGCUGCCACCUUCUAAUCCGCAAGCGAAAAUUGCGGCACAACGGUUGCUACUGCCUUCUAAUUUGCUGCAUGCAAAAACUACAACACAGUCGCCGUCAUUACCUUCCACAUAA